AUGGAUCCGCCGCCCUCCAGGGACAGGGAGGAGCUGGAGCCCGAAACCCGCGCCUUCCCCGACGCCGACGCCCCUGAGACCUCCCGAUCGGAAAGCGACGAGGGUAUCCCUCCACCGCUGCCGCCGCCUCCUCUACGCCAGCAGCUCAUGGGGGCUUGCCGCGCCGACGAGCGCCUCAGGCCGCUGCUCACGCUCAACGUCUCCUGCGCCGCCGACGACGACCGAUUCAUCGCACACCUCGCGCAGCACUUCGAGGUGUUGGAGGUGGGCAUGCUCGCGCGUUGCCUCUGCGUCCCCCUCGUCUCCCUGCGCGUUGGCAAGGUUCAGAGGGAAGGGCCUCUUCUCUGCCCAACACACAUUAGAUUCAGAGUAAUGCUCUCCACAUCUGUAGUCAACCUUUCAAAUUUCUUUGAGUUCAACUCUUGUGGCCUCUGCCUAUCUUUCCUUGUUCAGCUUCAAGAUGAGGCAGCUUGCGCACUUAGUUGCCUUGAUAAAUGCAGAGAUGGUGGACUUGAAGAGCUUUUCAUGACCAAAGUUGACUUUGGUGCUAAGUUUGACUCAUGCUUGAGGAUAAACUUGAAAGGGAACUCUAAGGUUACUGCAUUAAGCUAUUGUGUGGAUGAUGAGUCUUGGAGAAUUCUUGAGAAAGAUGUUCAGUCUUUGCUGCAACGAGGACUUACAGAUAGAACAAAAAUGAUCCGAGUCCUGUGGAGAAGCACACCUUCUGAAUGGAAAAUAGUGGAAGGUUUCUCAGAAUUUGGCAGCAGUCCGCUUCUCGUUGGUAUGAUGGUUAGCUCAUUGGAAAAAAGUUUUUGCCUUGUUGAUAUUGGUCCAAACCCUGAGAACCGCGUUGAGGCUAUUAAAUUUAGGAAAUUUUGGGGAGAGAAAGCUGAGCUUAGAAGAUUCAAGGAUGGAAAUAUUGCUGAAAGCACAGUUUGGGAAUGUCAAUCUCGGGAGAAGCACACAAUUAUUAAAAGGAUUGCUGAUUAUGUGCUUAUGAAACAUUUGUCACUGCAGAAGGAUGAUUUGAUUCAUGUUGUUGAUCAGCUGGACUUUUGCCUCUUAGUUGAUGGCCAAGAUCCGGUCUCGUCUUCUGGGGCUUUGCUUGAAGCUUUUGAUACUAUUUCUAAGCAGUUACGUCUCUUAGAUGAUAUUCCUCUUAAAAUAUCUACCGUGCAACCCCUAGACUCAGCUUUUAGGCACACUUCUGUGUUUCCUCCUGAACCUCAUCCACUGGCAUAUGGAAGGAACUCUCAGAGGCUACCGAAAUUCGCAACAACUUGCAUAAGAUCUUUAGAAGUUAUGAUUCACGUAUAG